ACUCCUCGCCUCCCUGCUUCGACUGAUUUCUGUCCAAAAUAUUAAUAAUAACGUUUUCCAUCUUUUUUUAAAUUAUUAUUAAGCAUUUAUUAGUGUUUGAGUAUUUGUUAGCUSGGGUUUGACAGCCAUGGGAGAAAGGACGGAACAGCAGAGUUUGUCAGAAGUUAUAAGUCAGAUUUUACAGGAGGCGCCAGGAGCCAGGAAGGACCUGCUGGAGAACCACAGCAACCUCCUCCGAGUGGCAGAUUACUGCGAAAAGAAUUAUCUCCAGGCAGAGGAUCCAACGAAAGCUAUUGAAGAGGCCAAAGCCCUGGCCACCCAGGCUUUAGCCAGUGUCACCUACCAGAUCAACAGCGUGGCCAACACUGUGAUCCGACUGCUGGACUCUCAGGCUGUGCAAAUCAAAGCUAUGGAGUCCUCCGUCAACCUGCUGUCACUG